CGAAUCGUCAGUCGGUGAAAAUACUAUACGGAAGAGCGUGUGUUAGCCAUUUUGAAAAAUCAAAUUGAAACUUUUAUUUAUUUCUAAAGUAUCACAAACUGUUUAAACGUCAAAUAUUUAACACAGAAACUCUUAUUUAUUAUUUGACAGUGCAUGUGUUUUUUGUAUAUGUGUGACGUUAUAGUAAGUGUAUGUUGGAAAUGUGAAAGUUUUUGUAAAUUGUGACCAAUUUUUUUGCAUUCUACUUUCUUACCAGCUGUUUGUAUCAACGGACGCUAUAUCCAAAUGUGAACAUACAGUGAAGUGACGCAAUGUGACGCGAUGGGAUGGACCAAAGCGUGUGUUAGUGUUAACAAGAUGGACGUCGUGAAAUGGCGACCAAAAUGGCGCCGGGCGGCCAUAUUGUUUGUUGUGUUGCUGCAUGUUGUCAACGGUUACGAGGAAAUGUACACGAUAUCACAGUUGUCACCAAAAUCAUCAUCAGAUCUUCUUUCACCAGACCUAGUCCUGCAGACGAGUCGGACAGAAAACCUAGCCUUUACCAUAGAACCUAGUGCCAAAAUCAAAGGCAUAGAAGAUUUUGUACCAGAAGAUAUAAUCGAUGAUGAAGAAACUGAAAACCAUAUAAGAGUCGAGAGAUCGGCUGAUUUCAAUAGAGAAGCAAGACUAUCUAGAUCAAUAAACAUGGACGAAAUACCUACGUCUAACAAUGAAAUUGACAACGAAUUAGAGUUGCACAACAAGAGGAAAUAUUACGAAAUUCGUCCGACAAGAACUAUGGAUUAUUUGAGGAGUAACGAUGAUAUUGUUAUGUCAUCAGAUGGCUUUGGAGAUAGAUUGGAAUUCAGGUUUCCGGGGGAAGUGAGAAGGGUCCCGAUAGGUCGCGCAUUGCCGAUACCGGGGCCCAGGAUCACGCCUACUGCAGUGCAGCCGAUAUUUGCGACAGCAAAUUAUAGAGAACAGGGACGACAGAACACAGAAAUACAGAACAUCAUCACUGGUAUUGUCAAAUUGUUGAAUGGAAACGUCAACGUUCAGGCCAACUCGCAAUUGUUGAACGGAAGGCCAGGUAGACCUAUGGCAUCUAGAAUCAACAAUCGAGGUCCACCAAGAAUAUCUGAUGUACCGCCUUUGCCUGAAUUUGAGAAAGUUACUCCACCUCCUCACGCUUAUCAUCCUACUAGGACUCCACCUCCAUAUCCUUUCGAUAGACCACCACAUCAAGGUGUCAAUUUGCCUGAACAAAUUGUCCCACCUCUUAAUCAUAGACCAGGAAUUUACAGGCCUAUGCCUCCGUGGCAAAAGCCUAGACCAAGGCCUCCUAUGAAAAGGCCUAAUCCUGUCCCUCCUAUGUACAAGCCUACCUUACCUUUACCUCUAGAUCUUCCCGAAGAAGACAAAAGGCCAGAGGAAGAAGUUGCAGUUAAUGAGAAUGAAAACUCUGAAAAUAAUAUUCACCACGAGGAAGAUACAGAUCCAGAAACACAAGAAGAUAAAAUUACAACAGUAGCCGAUACUAAUACUUCUACGUUAACGACUGAAACAAGCACAUCAUCUACAGAAAAAACAACCACAGAAAAACAAACAACUACAACGCAAAAGCAAACAACGACAACAGAAAAACUGACAACGACAACACAAAAACGGACAGAAAAACCAAAGGCAACCACUGAAAGAAUAACAGAGAAACCUAAGCCUAAAACUACUACGACUGAAAAAGCAACAACUACCUCUUCGACUACAGAAAAAGCUAAAACAGAAAAGCCAGUCAAAACAGACAAAGAGAAAAAGAAAGAUACAUUAGAAAAGGACAAAUUUAAUAAAGACAAAUACAAAAUCGUCGAAGAUAAGCAACAGAACAAGACCAGAAACGAGACGACUACAGAAUCUAUCAUUGAAUCGUCUAUAACUGAGAACAAAGCGUCAGUUUCUCCAUCCAUUGCUAUUCCAACACCAACUGAAGGGUUGAUAUCACACGCUCCAGUCGUCAAUGUGUCCGCUACAUCGAGUGAAAUUUCGACGACAUCGAUCAACUCUCGACCAUUGCCAUCGUCCCACGGUAUCCCGUACCAACCGUAUCGGCCUCGUCCCGGCAUCGUCCUUGACGACACAGACUUCAAACCCCACGGCUCCCGGUACAGGCCUGAAGCAUCAGUCAUCACCGCUGCCGAGACGAGGUUGCCGGGAUAUGGUGAAAUAUUUGAUGUCACAUUAACAGCUAUACAGGGUGAGAAGGGCUCCGGGGAGAAAAAUAUAGUGCACAUUGGCAACGUAAAUCCAAUAGGCCUAGAGCAUGACGAUAUCAUAGUAUCGGCUUCGGGUGAACAAGGCUUCGUCUCCAUCGACGGCAAGAGGACGUAUCUCAAUUUGUUCGACACUAGCGCCACUGCCAGCAUCAGGCCAACGACAGUUCAAAGUCUUCUUCAAUCUGCCCCGCCACUAACUCCGCCGCCGUUAGGCCCAGCGCUGGGCACGGGCAUAGCUAUACCCACGGACGAUGUCCCACAACCGCCCAGGAGGCCAGCUCCACAAGCACACAGACCCAACAGUGGGUAUAGAAGACCACAGCCUACUGUCAGGAUCGACACAUGUAUUGUCGGUGACGAUUCCACAUGCGAUCAAACGCAGAACGAAAUGUGCAGGACCGAGGCUGGUAUAUCUAGCUGUCAUUGCCGACCCGGGUUCGCCCGGCGCGCGCGCGGCCCGUGCCGGCGCGCGGCCGCGCUGCUGCUCAGUCUGCGCGUGGACAGACUCUACGACAGGAAGAUUGUUUGGGACAUUAAACUGGCAGACAAAGAAUCAGAUUCAUACCAACAGCUCAGCUAUGAAGCAAUUCGAGCGAUCGACUCUGCGUUCUCAAUGACGCCAUUCUCGGAUGAUUUCGUGAGUGGCUCCGUGAACUCUAUCCAGCGCGGCGACGUAAACCGCCAAGAGGUUUUCGUCAAUUACACAAUUUUGCUACAAGAAACGCCAGAAACCCAACGGCCAGCGAUCGCAACAGACAUACAGAAACACAUUCUGGGCGUCAUCAGACGGAGGUCGAACAACGUUGGCGCUUCCGCUGUGUUUGUCGAUACUCCUGCUGGAAGUGUGCUGCCUCUUAGAGAUGUAGACGAAUGCGCCUCUUCGGAACUGAACGAUUGUCACCAAUUGGCGUUCUGUACGAACACGUGGGGAGGAUUCAAAUGCGCCUGUCCGGACACGACAUUGGACGGAAACCCUCAAGGUCGUCCCGGAAGAGAAUGUCGCGUGUGUUCUCCGUCGCACUGCAACGACAGAGGAGAGUGCAGAUACAACAACAACCAGCCUUAUUGCAGUUGUUCGUCAGGAUACUACGGCUCCGCGUGCGAGGUGGACGGGGAGGUGGUGGGGGUCGCCGUGGGUGCUUCCUUAGCCGCCGCGGUCGUCAUCGCGCUGACUCUGGCCUUCUUGCUGUCUUGGAGUCGCAAAUGGUCCCGCGAACAGAAGGCGGCCGGCGUGGGCUCGCCCGUGUUCAGUUACAUGGCCGCCAGCACCAUUAAAACCCCACCUGUGGGUCAACCGCCUUACCAGAUAUCUUUGGAGGAACGAUUACGUUGGGCGCAGAUAGCUGAAGCUAUGGCCCAGAGCAACCACUAUGCGCAAGCGGAGCCAGCAAUGGCUACACGUCCAUCGUCAGCCAUGUUUGGUGGAUAUCCAACCUUACCGCCUGUUCCCAUGCCGAGAAUGGGUAUUCACGGCGGUCACCAUACCGGCACGCUGAACACCGUGGCAUCCAGAGCCAACACAGCGGCGUCCCAUCACAAUCUCUACGGCUACACGAACCACAUGGCGUCGGAGUCCACGAGCUCCGAGGCCUCGAGUCACGUGCAGGAGCGGGCGGACCUGCUCGUGCCCAGACCCAAGUCCAGGGCUAGGAGUAUGCAUAACCAAACAGGAAUUUACUACGACGUGGAGUACGAGAACGCUCCAGAAGGUAUAUACGGCACGAAGGGUAUCCCUCUCUCGACCUACACGAUCAGCAGAGGGCCGCCCUUCUACAGGUCAUAGUAUAUGUGAGUGUUGGUGGUCAACUAGCUAAAUACUCUUGUUUUUUUUACUGGGGAACUGUAUAUAAACAAUAUUUUUACACUAAUUAAUUUUUUGCCACAAGUUUUUAUCGUCGUCAGAGGGAUCUAGUGGCAUUUGACGACAAAAAACCCAGUGCUGUAAACUAUAGAGGAGUUCCCACGUUGGCAGCCGAUCCUGGGUGCACCAUCAGGUCAACCGUAUCAUAAUAAAUAAUGCAUAUUAUAUUACUGAAACGACGUGGAAAAUUUCAACUUCAUUGGAAGUAGGUGAAAUCAAACUUGCAAGAUUUGAUUACAGACAGACAAGCAAACAUCGGCACAGAUGAUACUAAAUAAAAGCUUGAAAAAUCAAAAUUAAGUAGAGGGGUGUUAUAAGUUUGAUCGCUAAGUGUGUCUGUCUGUCUGUGUACGUGGCACCGUAGCUCAUCAACGGGUGAACCGAUUAGCUAAUUUUUAUGCGGUGGUUCUUAGAUAUGUUUGGUCAUAAUCGGUUCAGCCGUUCAAAAGUUGUAGCGAAAUUAGUAUUGAAAGUCGGGGGUUUUUUAAUUUGUCUAACAAAUAAACUUUUCAAAAGAUAAAUAUAUAGUAAAAUUUAUUGAAAUACAGGUAAUUUGUAAUGAAUAUUGUGUUGUAUCCAAAACCAGUACCACUCUUUCCUUAUACAAUAUCUAUUAAUUGGCUAUACGACUAGGUAAAAAAAAAAAAUGGUUGCCUGUAAAGUCGGUUUUACGGGCGAAGAUUUUACGUGACAACGUCUUUUUACGCGCGCGGCAGACCGAUCAUAGUUGAGUGGGAGAGAGACGCAAGGCAUUCGGCGGGCCUCUCUCUCGUUCGGUGACUCAUCGUAACGUUACCGGGCGUUACACUUUUUCAUAAGUGACUCCCAGCCGCAACCUAAUUUAAGACGUUGUCACGUCAAAAUAGGGCAUUUAAAUAACCAGACACGAUAAUUAAAUGUCACUUUAAUUGAUCAGUUUUAUUAAUAACGAUGUUUACUAUAUUUUUGGGGCCUCAUUAAAGCAUAUUACAAAUGUUUUUUUUUUACUCCAAAAUCCGUGACGUCACAAUACAUUACUGUCACACAAGCUCCAUAAUGUAAAAUUUUAGUUUUGACAUAAAAAGCUGUUUUUUUGACUAGUUGAAUAGCCAAUUAAGAAAAAACUUAAUUUUAUAUGUAAAUAAGACUGCUUUCAACGAUAUAAUGUGAUUGUAAUUAUAUUUUUAAUUAUUCAUAAGUAUAAAAUGAGUAAAUAUUUUUAUUAAAAGUCAAAUAUAUGAAUUUUAACAUAAGGCAACAAUGCAACACAGAUUAAAAAACAAAAAAAAUGUAUAUUUUCAAAUGUCAGUGACAUGCAAGAGAGCAGCGUUUUAUUUAAAAAAAAAAAACUUUUUUUUUUUAAUCUGAAGUGUAAUAUGUAGGCUUAUUUUAAUGUGCUUAAAAAAUAUGCACCUAUUUAAAAAAUAAUCUUAAGUAAAUAAGAAGUAGUUUAUAAAAAAAAAAACAAUGUAAAUAUUAUAAGCGUUUUUUUACAUCCGAGAUUUUUUACACAUUUGUUUUAAUGAUUUUUUUUUUCUUUUUCGACCAUCGACACUUUGUACUGAAAAUAUUUUUAUUUUAUUCUACAAUUUAAUCUGUUAUUGAUUAUAAUUAUGCAGUUAUAGUAACAUAGUCAUUGUUUUAUCAUUGUAAAAUUAGUAAUUAUUUGCAAAAAACUGUGCAUUUAUGUAGAAUGGAUUGUAUCUGAAAUA